UCCUCUUUCAACAUGACAGAUGCCGCUGUGUCCUUCGCCAAGGACUUCCUUGCAGGUGGAGUGGCCGCGGCCAUCUCCAAGACCGCGGUAGCACCCUUCGAACGGGUCAAGCUGCUGCUGCAGGUGCAGCAUGCCAGCAAGCAAAUCACCGCAGAUAAGCAGUACAAGGGCAUUAUUGAUUGUGUGGUUCGGAUCCCCAAGGAGCAGGGAGUCCUGUCCUUCUGGCGUGGUAACCUGGCCAAUGUCAUCAGAUACUUCCCCACCCAAGCUCUCAACUUUGCCUUCAAAGAUAAAUACAAGCAGAUCUUCCUGGGUGGUGUGGACAAGAGGACCCAGUUUUGGCGCUACUUUGCCGGGAAUCUGGCAUCCGGUGGUGCUGCUGGGGCGACAUCCUUUUGCUUCGUGUACCCUCUUGAUUUAGCCCGUACCCGUCUAGCAGCUGAUGUGGGGAAAGCUGGUGCCGAAAGAGAGUUCAAAGGCCUUGGUGACUGCCUGCUUAAGAUCUCCAAGUCUGAUGGGAUUAAGGGUCUGUACCAAGGCUUUAAUGUGUCUGUGCAAGGCAUUAUCAUCUACCGGGCUGCCUACUUCGGUAUCUAUGACACUGUAAAGGGAAUGCUUCCAGAUCCCAAGAAUAUUCACAUCUUUGUGAGCUGGAUGAUCGCUCAUUCCGUCAUGGCUGUGGCUGGGUUGACUUCCUACCCAUUCGACACUGUUCGUCGUCGCAUGAUGAUGCAGUCAGGGCUGAAAGGAACUGAUAUCAUGUACACAGGCACGGUUGACUGCUGGAGGAAGAUUGCAUGUGACGAAGGAGGCAAAGCUUUUUUCAAGGGUGCAUGGUCCAAUGUGUUCAGAGGCAUGGGUGGCGCUUUUGUGCUUGUGUUGUAUGAUGAAAUCAAGAAGUACACAUAA